GUCCGUGUGCCAUCGCUAGUUCCUUUUCUUUUCGAAUUUCUCGUGGAAAACGCCAACAUGGGUUUCGCUACUCUCUGGUACUCGCAUCCCCGCAAAUAUGGCCAAGGCUCCCGAUGCUGCCGUGCCUGCUCUAACCGCCACGGUCUGAUCCGCAAGUACGGCCUGAACAUCUGCCGUCAGUGCUUCAGGGAGUACGCCAACGACAUUGGCUUCAAGAAGCUGGACUAAAUGUCCUCUUCGCCUCUUGGCACGCGUUAAUCGCGUCUCAAAGCAACACCAUUCGGUAUAUUAAUGUAAUGAGUCGCCGGAAAUUGGGGACUCAGUAUAUUAGUAUGCCAGCAGCAACAAGCAGCAGCAGAAACAACAAUAAUCAUUUGGGGAUUUAAGCAAGGACAAAGCAAGCACAUUGAAGCAUGGAUUCGAAAGUAAUCUCUAAGCAAGUUACCAGAAUGGCCAACACCACAGAAUUCCAACAGUUACCGCCUUCCGCGAAGGAUCUUUGUUACAACACUAGUUUGUUUAAAUCUCCGCCUGAUUAAACCCAUAACAAGUACAACACGUA